CUUCCCCGAUCGGCCGCUGCGGGGGAGGAGGAUGAGGGGACGCGGCGGCGGUGCUUGUGGUGCUGCCGCGCUCGCCUGACCGGGCUCCCCGUCCCUGCCGCUUCGCCGGCGCUACCUCCGUGCCGCCCUCCGUGCGCCCCGCACCGCACCGCCGUCCGGGGCGGGGGAGUCGCGGAGAGUGGAUGCCUAGCGGGCACCUCCGGGGCAGAGACCCGCGGACGACAUGGGUUGCUGCAGCUCCGCCGCACAGAGUUCUAAGCGAGAGUGGAAGCCUCUGGAAGACCACAGCUGCACAGAUGUACCAUGGCUGCUCUUAUUCAUCCUCUUCUGCAUAGGAAUGGGUUUUGUCUGUGGCUUUUCAAUAGCUACAGGAGCAGCUGCAAGACUGCUUUCAGGAUAUGACAGUUAUGGAAAUAUUUGUGGACAGAAAAAUGUCAAGGUGGAGGGAAUAGUCAACAGUGGUCUGGACCUCACACACAAGAAGUAUGUAUUCUUCUUGGAUCCAUGCAACAUUGAUAUAGUACAUCAGAAGAUUAAGUCUAUUGCCUUGUGUGUAUCAGCUUGUCCAAGAAAAGAACUGAAAACUUUGGCUGAUAUACAGAAAUUUGCAGAAACUAAUGGCUCCACUCUGUGUAGCUAUGAACUACAGCCAUCAGAAUAUACUACAGACCCAAGGGCUGCCAAGUUAUGUCCUAAAUAUCCUGUUCCGGAGAGUGCACCUAUUCCAUUCUUCCAUCGCUGUGCUCCUGUGAACAUUUCCUGCUAUGCCAAGUUUGCAGAGGCCCUGAUCACCUUUGUCAGUGACAGUAGUGUCUUACACAGGCUGAUUAGUGGAGUUAUGACCAGCAAAGAGAUUAUAAUGGGACUUUGCUUGUUAUCACUAGUGUUGUCCAUGAUUUUGAUGGUUAUAAUAAGGUACAUUUCAAGAGUACUUGUCUGGAUUUUAACAAUUCUCGUCAUUCUGGGAUCACUUGGUGGUACAGGAGUCCUGUGGUGGCUCUAUGCUAAACAACGAAUAUCUGCUGGUGCUGUUGAGACCCAAGUAGCCAAAGACAAUCUUCAGGCUCUCUUGAUCUAUGCCAUUGCAGCUACAGUCUUCACGGUUAUCUUGUUCUUGAUCAUGCUAAUUAUGCGCAAAAGAGUAGCUCUCACCAUUGCCUUGUUCCACGUGGCUGGCAAGGUCUUCAUUCACCUGCCACUGUUAGUCUUCCAGCCAUUUUGGACAUUCUUUGUGCUUAUCCUCUUCUGGACAUACUGGAUCGCAGUCCUGCUUUUUCUUGGUACUACAGGUAAUCCUGUCCCAAAUGAAGAAGGAUUUGUUGAAUUUCGGAUGGCAGGUCCUUUGAAAUACAUGUGGUGGUACCAUGUAGUGGGACUCAUCUGGAUCAGCGAGUUUAUCCUAGCCUGUCAGCAGAUGACAGUAGCAGGGGCUGUUGUGACAUACUAUUUUACAAGGGAGAAAAGAAAUCUGCCAUUUACUCCUAUUCUGGCAUCUGUUAAUCGCCUUGUUUGUUACCACUUAGGAACAGUAGCAAAGGGGUCUUUCAUUAUCACUCUAGUGAAGAUACCACGAAUGAUUCUUAUGUAUAUUCACACACAACUUAAAGGAAAGGAAAAUGCUUGUGCUCGCUGUAUGCUUAAAGCCUGCAUCUGCUGCCUUUGGUGUCUAGAAAAGUGCCUGACAUAUUUAAAUCAGAAUGCGUAUACAGCCACAGCUAUCAACAGCACCAAUUUCUGCACCUCAGCAAAGGAUGCCUUUGUUAUCCUAGUGGAAAAUGCUUUGCGAGUGGCUGCCAUAAACACAGUUGGGGAUUUUAUGCUGUUUCUAGGAAAGGUCCUGAUUGUCUGCAGCACAGGUUUGGCCGGCGUUAUGUUGCUGAAUUACCAACGAGAUUACACCAUCUGGGUGCUACCACUCAUCAUUGUCUGCCUCUUUGCAUUCCUGGUUGCUCACUGCUUCCUUUCCAUUUAUGAAAUGGUUGUUGAUGUCCUUUUCUUAUGUUUUGCCAUCGAUACAAAAUACAAUGAUGGGAGCCCUGGCAGGGAAUUCUACAUGGAUAAAGUUCUCAUGGAGUUUGUGGAGAAUAGUAGGAAAUCUAUGAAAGAAGCUGGCCGAGGAGGUGGAGCUGAGGGCAGAGAGCUAAAACCAAUGGCCUCUGGAGCAAGUUCAUCUUGAAACUAGCCAGCCAUAUUGGAACCCAUUGACAUUCCAAAACAGUAUAUAUAUACAUAUAUACAUACAUACAUAUAUAUAUAUAUAUAAAUAAACAGCCAAAAUCAGAAAAAAGGAACAGGGAUUUAAAACUUUUUUUAACAAUUAUUUUUGUGAAACAUGUACUCUUUUCAUACGGGUGGCUUUUACAAGCAGCUUUAUCGUUGUUCCAUUUCUUAAAUUAUUUGUUGUGGUCAUGGAAAUGUUGAUUCUUAUCUGCUUAAUAUUUUAAAAUCUGGAGGAAGUAUCAUUGUAAAGAUAAUCUGAAAUCAUGACUGGGUUUAGAGACAGAUUUCCCAUGACACUGCUAAUCUGCUGAGAGUUGUUUAAUUUCUUUUAAAUUUGCAUUAAAUUCAGGACAGUGGCAUGUACAGAAAACCUUAAAAUCAAGAAAAGUCUCAAAUUUAUUUUUUCAAGAGGUGGUUUCAGCAAAAAUUCAUUCAGUUCAAAUAUGUUUGUAAGCAGUUAUUUUACUUUACAGCCCUGGCAGGGCACAGUUUUGUUUGCCAGUAUCAGAUAUCACAAUAACCAACUCCUCAGGUAUUUAGGUGUGUGGGAGCCCUUACAUCUCCUAUUGAACAGAGCCUACAAAAUGGGGACAGAUAAUUUUAUAUGCAAUUAACUUCCUGCUUACCCUACUUUUACCCCUCAUACCCAUUGACCUCUAUCCUCCCCUUGAGUUCAGUAGCCUCCUUCACACUUCAGCAGUGUUCCUUUGAAGGGUAUGGAUUCUCCAUACAGGCAAGUGAAAUGACAGAUUGUUAAAGCUCAGUCUUAGCCAUACUCAUGAUUAAUUCAUGACUAGAUACAAAGGUGCUGAGGAUGGGAAGAGAAAUGAAUUGUACUGCUGUACAUAAAAAAGUACUGUAUGCUUCAUUUCAUCUAAUGAGAGAGCUCUGGGAGAUAGAAGGGAUCAUUCCUUGCCUGUUGUUUGAUCCAUAUUUGUACAUACUGUAGUGGGUGGCUAAAGCCAGAAAGGGCAGAGAAACAUUCCUUUGGAAGUGUAGCUGCCAGGGUAGUUAUCUAAAGUUAUUAAAUAAUGAUGAAAGAACAUGCUUUAUUAUUAUUAUUAGAUACAUAAAUAUCUUUUCAGUCUGGAAGCUCACCAGAUAUGAAUGGUAAUAUUCAAUUAUUCAGCAUAGUGAAAUGGUAAAUGCUUAACUGUAUUUGCUAAGAAUUAAUGAUCUGUCUAUGCUAUAUAUUCCUUUUGUUAACAUUUUUUUAAGAAAACUAUUUUUGUUAUUGUAAAGUUAAUAUUUCAGAGCAGAAUUUUUAAACUUAUUGCACUAAAUACAAACUGUCUACAAAUAAUGAUGCCUCAAUGGUUCAAUCACUCCAUUCCAGAAAAUCUUAUGAAAGAGUAAGAGCCUUUCUACAGAAGCUUUAUGAUGGAAUAAAAAGGUAUGUCUAGGUAAAGACAUGCACUAGUUGUGUAAUCAAGGUUUAGUAAGUAAGCAGUUAACUGUGCUUCCUUUCAGACUAUUACACUUUUAAAUUGCUGCUGAAGGUUUUAAAAAUUACGUAGUAUCAUUUAGCUAACUAGUGCUCUUAUCUUUUGGCAAUAGUAAAACGUUUCACUUUUGCUUCCAGAAGUCAUUUGAUGACUUAAAUUUGUUACUUUUUUUUUUCUGUAAGCAAGUUAAAACAAUUUACACUUUUCAUAUCACAAAUCCCAAACGAUUUGAAAGGUACAAAAAUAAAGAUACAUUUAGAAAGGAUAGCUGUUGGGAAGGCAAAGAGAAUUAUCCAGUCCUGGAAGCACUUACUCAUUUAAGUGAACCAUAUCUGUAACUCUACUAACAUCACGAGGGCUCUCUAAGUAUGGAAAUUGUAACAUACACAUCUGUGUAAGUGCUGACUAGACUAGAGCUUCAGCCUAGGUGUUCAAACUGGAACAUAGGUGAGGCCUCUCAGUGCAAGUUAGAGGUCAGUCUUGCUCAGAAGAAACACUGGAGCAGCCUUACUUUUGUGGAGAGGAGACAUUCCUGCAGUACAAGUGUCUAAGAUAGCAGUGGUACUCAACACCAAUAUUUGUGUAGAUUAGAGGGGCUUAGCAACACAAAAUGUGAAUGCUAGAAACUAGUUUUCAAGGCUAAAAGACUUGUCAAGUACCCAGUUUCUUCCAGAGAAUGUAGUUUUCGUCUUGUUUGGAGGUUAUUGGAAGUACUUUAAUCAAAAAAGCCUUGUAUUCUGCUCAUUUUGAUAAAAAAUUUCUGCCAUGACUGGUUCCACAAGUUUGUGUUCUCCGCUCACUGGAAGUCCUGAGUGGGAACUGUUCUCUGUAAUUGCAACUAUAGGACUGCAGUUGGUAACAAAUUUUGUAUUUUUGUAUGACUUGACUGUGCACCAUUUUUAUAGCAGUUUAUCCUGUCUUAAAAAUAAAUUUGUUUAUUUACAUGGUGUUUAAAAUAUACAGGCAACACUUUUCUAUGGGUAGUUGUAACAUUUAAGUGAGAAAUCUAUAUCAUGACAAAGUUCUUAAUAAAAACAUGUGCAGCAUUUUUGAGUGUAUAUCCAGCAUGCAGAGCUUUUCAGUCCUGCCAAAAAGGCAUUUUUCCUUUUCCAUCCACACACAGGCUUUCCAGUGGCCCUUUAAAGCUUUCCAAUGUCCUUUGAAGUUCAUUUGCAACCAAACUACAACCUGCCCUCUUCCAGCUCUGUCUUGUGCACAGAGAUAAGCAGAAGACAGAAUUCUGAAAAGACAACUUUUCAGGACAAAUUUAGACUGCUUUCCUUUCCUAGUGAGGAUAGCAGAGUGGGAGGACAUUUUGGCAUGUAAAUUCCACAUAAUUUUGGAAGUAGGGGUGCUGGGGUCUGCCAGCUGUGAUGGAUUAAAUACUUUUUUGACUGUUGGUUAUUAAAACUAGUGUAUGGUCUGCUUUGUUGGAAGCAGUCUAGACUAAGUAGAAAGUGAUGCUGCACUGAGAAUAACAAUGCAGGAGAAGCAGACAUGACAGCUAAAACAGAGAAAUCAUCCCCUCAGAAGGUCCAUUGAAUUGAGUAGUGCUCAAAGACUGGAGAUUAAGGCAGGACAAUUUGGAUCUCGAAACAGUCAUUGGGAUUACUGCUUCCUAGCAUUUGCUUUCAUCAUAGCCUCUGACCAACUAGAUUUCAAACACAAAAAAGCAUACCAUUGCUUAAAUUGUUAAUGUUUUUUACACAUUAUUUUUUCUCUUUGGAAGUUGAACAGCACCAUGUCAUCUUUAUUGCUUCUUCCAGCCCUGAGAAUGUUUGAUUUUUUUUGUUUGUUUGUUUUUUGUUUUGUUGGGGUUUUGUUGUUGUUGUUGUUGUUUUUGCUUUUUUUUUUUUUGUUUUGUUUUGUUUUGUUUUGUUUUUCUUUUGGGUUUCAUUUCAUAUUACUCUCUGAGUAAAAGAGUGGCAAGUGGCAGCAUAUCAGCUCCCCUUUGUCCCUUGAUCUUACUACAUUACCUUUUACUUUCCCGGGGCAAUGAUUCAGGAUAUUACCUAGACUGCAUGAGUGGGAGAGUAGGUGCUAAGCUGAAGUUCUGAGAUAGGAUUUUUUUUUUUCUUUUCUCUGGUAUUACUCCAUCACUGUGGUUAGAAGUGCAACCAAUCACUUGAAGAGUUUCACUGCUGCUCCACACCUAGACUUAACACAUAGGAUGGCCAGCUUAGAAUUGAAUCUUCAGCUUUCCAAUAGCUCCCAGCUGCCAGCAGCAGGCCAGGCGUCUAAAUGUGGCCUUAGAUUGCCAUAGUAAAUGAAAGACUUUCUGCAUUGGGAAAGUGUGUCCUAGAAUGGAAAACUAACAGCGGAAAAUGCAGUUAAAUAUUGUGGUGGGUUGACCUUGGCUGUCACAUACACUGCUAUUCUGUUGCGUGCUCAGUCCCUGCAGCAGGAUGGGAGAGAGCAGUGAAAGGACAAAAAUAUUGAUCUAGGUGCAGUUCAUUAAGCAAAUAAGGGGGGGCGGGAAGAGCAAAGGCAGUCAUUUACCAGCAGACUAAUGCCCAUCCAAUCUCCAAGCAGCAGCUGCUUCAGAAUCACACCCACCCUAGUUUGAUUGCUGAGUGUUACAUUAUAUGGCAUGGAGUAUUUCUUCAGUCUGUUCAGGUCAGCUGUCCUGGCUGCAUGCCCUCUCAUCCUCUUCCCCAACACCAAAUGACUGCUGGAGUCAUAGAGUGGAAAAUAGAAAAGGCCUUGACCCUGUGCAAGCACUGCUCAGCAGCAGGUAAAGCUUUGUGAUAGCAACACUGUUUUGGUUGCAGAUCUAAAAAACAGCACCUUGCAGGUUGCUGAAAAGAAAAUUAACUCCAUCCAGCCUAACCCAAUACACAGGCCCAGUUACCCAAUAAUUAAUCCAAGACUUACUCCCUGCAUAUCUGUACAGCAUCUUCUCAGGGUGGUUACUUCUUUCUGAAAGGGCUUUUUUUGCAGCAGGCAAUUAGCCUGCUCCACAGUGCUCCCUUUCAUGGAGGGAGCAGGGGAUGUUAGCUCUUACUCUUUCAGCACAUAAUGGGGAUAUGAAGCAAAAAUGAGCCCUUUCUGUAUCAGUGUUCUGGCAAUUGAGCAGCCAGUGUUGGAGACAAUAUAUUUAAUGUGCCCUCAGGGCAUGCACUUUAGUGGUUUGCUCUGAGUGGUUAUGAUGUAUUCUAUGAAUGUAUGUUAUAGAGUCAGAAUAAAAUGCAUGUAGCAGACAUAUACUCAUCACCAUCUAGUUCAGUUCUAGUUCUAGUUAGUUCAGAGUGCAUAUUACAUGCUAUAUUGAAAAUGGCUCAGUUGUUUUAAGAAACAGUCUUAGAUUUAUAAGUGGAUACCUAACAGCAUCCUGUUUUUUAAUUCAUGUCUUGGCCUGUGCAGAUACCGUUUACUAAACCUAAAUAUCGCUAGCCCAUUGUUUCUUGAACAGCUUGUGUCACAUUAUCAACACAUAAAUUCUAUUUCAUCUUUGUGAAAAAAAACCCCAAAAUGUCCCUUGUGUUUCCCAACACAUACCCCAACAGGCUUAUUUGAAGCAUUUCUUGCACUCAGCUUCUUUGUUGGGAUGAUGAAAGUUUACUCUUAAUAUUUCAUUUUUAAAUGCUCUUCCAACUAUUUCAUCUCUGCUGUUAUUUCCGUCAUGUAACAAGAUUACGGAGACUAGUAAAUCUAUAUUUCUUGUGUUUCAUAGCAAAUACUGUUCUCAAGGUAUUUUUUUCUUUUAUAUUUAAAGAUAUGAGAGAAGAGAUGAAACUCGUCUCUUUUGAUGUGGGUCAUAUAUAAAAAGCAAAAUUUCUGGUCUGGAAUGGAGCUGUGAUGAGUCUUGCAAUCUGAUAUAAUCAAGCCAAAGCUCCUCAGAGACCAAGAUUAUGAAAAUAUUUCAAAGGAGAAUUGGUAGCAUGAAGUGAUCUGAAAAUGCCUAUUUGGAGGCUAAACUAUCUGGCAUUCAUUUGACAGACGUCUGUUAAAAUGGAACUCGCAGAAAACUAACAAAUGCCCAUCAGAUUCUACUCCCCUGUCUCACUGAGGUGAAAUAAUCGUAUUUGAAUGUGUUGAGCAGAAUUUGAUGUUAUAAGCAUUUGGUAAUUUUCUACAGAAACAUGGGACUCCCUUAGAACCAAAGUUGCAAGAAAUUUAGAGUAAAAGUACCAGCUGACUUCAACAGAAGUAGCCUAAUUUCAGUAAAGCUGUGGGUUCUCUAAGUAUGUGAUUUAUAAGGGGAUACCUUACAGCAUUCCUGUUUUAUGCUGGCAGCACAGGUGGUUACAACUCCUCAAGUGUACCACUUCUCUGGGUUUAGGGGGAAUAGGGGCAGCUUAUUUCAAAAAGGUUUGGUGAAAUUAGGAAGCCAACUAGUUAUGAAACUCAGCAGAAGUUCUGCACUGACUGGAGUUCCCACUAUAAUCAUGUUUUUUAACUCUCAAAUACCAUGUGUCCUCCAUGUUAGUAUUAGUUGGCUCCCUCCCUGCUGCUCAGACUGAAAUGGGAGAAUAUCUCUAAUUUGAAAAACAGCGCCACAGACAAUUUCAUAGUGUCUCCUAGGGGAGUUAUGGAAGAGAAAACAGGAAGGUGGUUUUGUUUCUAACAUAGGCCAGAAAGCAGCUGCCAGAAGUUAGGUGGAGCCACGGAGAGCAGAUAGAAAAUACUCUGCAAGAUCUUCACAGUAGUUAAGAAAAUUCAGAUUCUGAUUCAGACAUCUCACAGCAAUAUCUUCCAUGUCCCACUAAAUUUUGCGCUGGAGCUCUUCAGAGCAAAAUGAAGGUGGAAUACUAUAUCUAUAGAAAAUAAUUAUUUCUAUAUAAUCAAUUGUGUUGCUGAUUACAGAAACUAUCCUAAGGUAAAAGGAAAAUCUUCUGAACAGAUUUUAAAGGCUUGACAGUACUUGCAUUGUCAUAGUCCAUCAAAGCUUCAUCUGGGAACGAAUUUUUCAUCCUCCUUUACUCAUACUUCUAACAGGGCAAUCAAACCCCUGGACUGGCUUGGUGAUUUACAUUGAAUCAAGAUAAACUAACAAGUGCUCCUUUUUCCAGUGGAAUGCCACCUCCUUUGAGAAUGGGAAAAGUAAAUGUGACACUGUUUAUUGUUGUCUUGAGAACCUAAACUAUUUUAUACUGCAAGCUGUGAAUGCAGGAAAAGAAAAGAAAUUAACAGUGCUGAUCUAAUCUUAGAUUUUCUGUGUAAACUGACAUUGUGCCAGGAUACUGAUGCAAAACUGUAUUUUAGUCUAAGAAAUGUAUAGAUUUUUUAAUGUAUCAAAAUAAAGUUUUCCUUUUAAGUAAGAAA